AUGCAUGCAAAACACUUGCUCAUUUCCUCUGGAUUGGUUGAAAUUUGUUGGGCCAUAGUGUUGGGUUGGUAUCUUGCAUUGUCUAUUAUUGCCAGACCAAGGAAAAUUCCUCCUUUCAAUAAUUUUCGUCGAGUUUUGCAGGCACACAUUGAUUAUAUAUUGAUGGGAAUGUUGCAGAUGGGUGUGGCUGUGGCUACGAGUGAUGUGAUGGUUCUUCCUGAUUGGGUUGUAAAGAUGUUUGUGUUUGGAGCUUGGGCAAAUGCUAGCUCGUUUUUAAUUUUUGCAGUUUCUGAAGAUUAUGUGAAUUAUAUGGUGGUAAAGAUAUUUUCAGUGAUUAGUUUUCUUUCGUUGACAAUUGUAUUUCCUUAUAUAGCCAUGGAAUAUAUUUCAAAGACUAUGGAAUGA